AUGGCCGUUGGUCAAUAUGUGGUGACUGUGUCUAUUGGUACUUGUCUUCCCAGCCUGGGGCCCAUGUCUUUCAUCAACCCUGGUGGCCCUGAACCCUCGGGCCUACUAGCAGGCUCUGGUGUUAUGCCCAACAAACCAGAACCGGAUGCCUCCGCAGCAGCGCCUAGUACUCCCUCGUCAACAUCGGUAGGCUUUCUGAUCAGCUAUCAAGCCCCAGGUAACAGCCCACUGCUUCGUCGUGACGUUGAAAGUUUCCCUACCCUCGACGGUCACUCAACCAGCGCUUGCAUUCAUUCACCACUAUUCAACCUGGACUCGGCUGGGCAAUUGUCGGUAGCAAAUGCUGGGACUGCCAUGACUUACUCCAGCUCUCCGGGUGUAAUAUCAGCACUUUUUGCUCCCUCUGGCAACGUUGGCAAUAUCUCCACAACCUGGCAAUUGACCGCAGGCACACUCUCAUGGGAGAACAGUCUUUUCGUCAACGGCACUGCUUCUUUGUGCAGUGACCCUACGGGCGCCAUCCAGGCAUAUUUUCUGGCGCCGAUUCCAGGCAAUUGUACGGCUAUAUCCUUGACGCAAGCAUCAGUGGACACGUGCCCAGGGUAUUUCCAGGCCAACCCGAACGAUCGACUCGCCUCGUUUGCCCCUUCUUCGUCCAUUCUCCCUAGCAGUGGCCUGUCUUCCUCAACGAGUGUGGUGACUGGCCAGAACACCAGCCCCUCGGGCUCCGAGUCUUCCUCAACAAGCUUGGUAACCAGCCAGAGUACUGGCCCCACAGGCUCCAGUUCUUUCUCAACAAGCGUGGUAACUAGCCAGAGUACUGGCCCCACAGGCUCCAGUUCUUUCUCAACAAGCGUGGUAACUAGCCAGAGUACUGGCCCCACAGGCUCCAGUUCUUCCUCAACAAGCGUGGUAACUAGCCAGAGUACUGGCCCCACAGGCUCCAGUUCUUCCUCAACAAGCGCGGUUCCCACCCAGAGUACUGGCCCCACAGGCUCCAAUACUUCCUCAACAAGCGUGAUAACCACCCAGAGUACUGGCCCCACAGGCUCCAACUCUUCCUCAACCAGCGUGGUAACUACCCAGAGUACUGGUUUCUCAGGCUCCAAUUCUUCGUCCCAGUCGAUUGGUUCGUCUGCCAACGCUCCUUCCCUUGUCGGUAAUGGAAGCUCGAUCCCAACGUUGCCCGCCAGUUCCGCAAACUCCUCGACGAGUGCCUUGAUUUCGAACUCUUCCAAUUCUUUUACAUCGAUAAGCCCGCCGUCUGGUGUCAGUGCGCCCUCGAUGAUCAGCUCUUUGUCUAGCAAUGUCACAUCCUCGGUAGCAGCAUUGUCCCUGGGUAAAAGCUCGUCCUCGUCGUCGGGAUCGGGGUCCGGAUCUGCAUCUUCAUCUUCAGCUUCUAAAAGCUCGGCAACGGUGCCGUCUUCCAGCCCUGGGAUAUCCUCAUCCAGUUCAUCAUUCACUCAGGUCACUAUCACGACUGUGAUUAGCUCCGGGUCAUCGCUGUAUACAACAUUGUUGGAUUCCGCAAGCCAGACAGAGAUUGAGGAAAUCGUGCAGCCAACCCCUUUUACAACUACCAUAUUUUCGGGAUCAAGUUCCUAUACCAGUAGUACAAUACUCCCUGACGGGCAAGAAGAGGUCGAAAUUAUUGAACCAGCGACCACAACUACGACCUCGUACACAGCUACGACUACGGUAUAUACAGCCACAAACACAGGAUUCAACGGCCAGGUCACAGUCCUAGUGGUUCAGCCGACCUCCGGUAUGCAAUACUUUGGGUUUGAAGACCCGGCAGACGCUUAUAGGGGCACUCAGCCGGAUGCGUCGAGAUUUAACAACAACGCCUCCGACAUCAAUAUCCAGGGGGCUUUUCCAGACGAAAUCAACUUCAACACCAAUUCGACUGGUUACUACCAAUUUCCAGGCCAAAUCAACCAAACGGAUGUGGCGACCUACGCUGUAGUGUUGGAAGGAUACUUCUAUGGACCACAAGGAGAAUACAGCGUUAGUUUGAGUGAUUCGGGGACUGAUGACUACAGCUUUCUCUGGACGGGUUCAAACGCCUAUUCCGCUUGGACGAACGCGAACGCCGCUAUCACGGAAAGUAUCGCAGGGCAGUACACCCAAAACCACACGUUCAAUCUCACAGCGGAAAGCGAGUUCCUGCCCAUGACCAUAUUGUGGAUAAAUGUGUUCAGCUCUGGUGCACUAGAAUUCGUCAUUUACCCACCUGCAGGCGAGGGAAUCUUCGUUUACCCACCCACAGGAGGGGAAAUCACGAACACUUCUGGAUACUUCUUUCAAGCGUACACCGGCGACAGUUUCGUAUACCAUGUGUAG